AUGGCUGCGACACAACCUCCUCUGCUGGACGACGCGAACACUCUAGCUUCAGACGGCACCACUUCGAACACGUCCGGGAUGGACUCGCUGGCACCUGAUCAAGGGACAUGCCACUUCUUCAGGCUGCCUCGAGAGCUGCGUGAUGAAGUGUAUAGGCUUGCCUUCACUGGGACCUCUGUCUACACCGCCGGCACUUCGACGGGGUUCACUCGGCAUCAGCGACGUGAUGGAUUUCUGCUGACCUGCAAGCGUCUACACCCAGAGGCCCUUGAGAGCUACUACACCAAUGUCGAGUUUGUGGUCACCAGCAUGAAUGUCCUUCAUCAAUGGCUGAGCAGGCUUCCAGUGAUGUCUCGCCAGAGGAUUCGCAGCAUCGGAUGUGGGCCUAGCAUGUUCCACCUAGACAGGCCUUUGAGGUGGGGCGGAUGGCCGGAUCCAGAGGCAGCGAUGGCAGGCAAACGUCGGCAGCUGGAGUACUUUCGACAGCUUCUGGCGAAGGAGGGCAUCGUGAUUCAGCGAGGAGUGCUCAAGGUUCUGACACGGCAGAACGGUCAUUCAGAGAGUCAGGCAUGA